UCAAUCGCAAGAUGCAUUAUGAUUUUAUUACUAUUCUGUGCACAACGGUGUGAAAUCGCAGCUGCCGUAUGUCUCAUGUGCUUCCCCAAAACCUAGGAUGACCUGAUAUAUCAAUGUGGUGUAUUUACGGAUCCAGCCAAGAUGGCUUUUUGCAAUUGACAGAUGGGGAUUUUGCCAUGCACCGAUUUUCCAGGAUUUUGGGGCCUAAAAGACGUAGCUUUAGCUAAACUGGGGGAUUCUGGAGUCCACGUGAAAAUGGUUGCAGCUCCUAUCAACCCAGCAGACAUCAAUAUGAUUCAAGGAUCCUAUGGCAUUGCUGCUGACUUACCUGCAGUUGGAGGGAACGAAGGAGUUGGGCAAGUGAUGGACACAGGAAAUUCUGUGACGACUUUGAAACCUGGAGACUGGGUGAUCCCAGCUGAUGGAGGACUUGGAACUUGGCGAACAGAAGCGGUAUUUGAUGAGAAAACUCUGCUGAAAAUCCCACCGGAUAUUCCAUUGACUUGUGCUGCCACACUGAGUGUUAACCCCUGCACAGCUUAUCGGAUGUUGUCUGAUUUUGAGACUUUGGAACCAGGGGAGUCUGUCAUCCAAAAUGCAGCCAAUAGUGGAGUGGGACAGGCUGUAAUCCAGAUUGCAGCAGCCAAGGGCAUCAAAACAAUAAAUGUAAUAAGAGAUAGACCAAAUCUCCAGGAUCUCGUAGACAGACUUAAGUCCCUUGGAGCAGACUAUGUUAUCACAGAGGAGACGCUAAGAAAACCAGAAAUGAAAGAGUUGUUUAAGGAAAUUCCUAAGCCCUCAUUAGCUCUGAAUGGUGUUGGAGGGAAAAGUGCUACUGAGCUGAUGCGUCACUUGCGGCAUAGCGGGACCAUGGUUACCUACGGUGGGAUGUCAAAGCAGCCUGUGACAGUCCCUGUGAGUGCACUGAUCUUUAAGGAUGUCAAUGUUCGUGGCUUUUGGAUGACGCAGUGGAAGAGGGCCAAUGCCCACAGCAAAGAGAAGCUGGAAACAAUGAUAGCAGAACUGUGCACUCUCAUUCGAACGGGUCGACUUGUUGCUCCGGUCUGCCGAGAAGUCCCUUUGGUCGAUUACCAAGCAGCUUUGAAGGUUUCCCAGGAACCAUAUGUAUCCAUUAAGCAGAUCCUCCGGAUGUGAAGAUAGUCUUAUGGGAAGAAAAAAAAACAGACAAGAAUUUUCAGUGGAUUUCAAUCCCCGGGAAGCUUGAAUGAUUCAGAAUUACAGAA